GCGUCAUAUGAGCGGACCCAAAAUGUUACACCCCCUUCUCUGUAACAGCUGUUGCCACGAGCAACUAGACGCAAACUCUACGGUACGGGAGUUUUUUACUUCACUGGGAUCAGGGAGAGAGGUGAACAAAGUGAUAUUCAGAGAAGGAGGGGUUUGGAGAGCGAGAGAGGCCUCAGGUGCAGAGAUACCCAGACACGUGGCGGUGAGGACAGGGAGACGAGACGGCCAUGCCGAAGAAGGGCGGGAAGAAAGGCGGUGGGGGGAAGCAAGCGGGGAUGACGGAGGAGGAGAGGCUGCUCUAUGCUCAGCAGAGAGCCAUGGCGGAGGAGGAGAUGGCCAAACGAAAGGAAGACAUGCUCACCCAGUUCCUCAAGGAUAAGCUCCGAAAGGAGGAGCGCAACAGUGUGCUGAACCGGCACAAGCUGACGGAGAGGUGGCGGGCAGUGUUCAGGCAGACUCGUGCGCAGGAGCUGCGCCGGGACAUCGAGGUCCUCAGCCAGACAUUCGAGAGGGUGCUGGACCGCAAGGAGAGCGUCAUCAAGUGCCUGCUGGGUGACCUCACGGAGUCAAAGCAGCAGUCUGACCUGGCGCUGCGCUCCUACCUGCAGAAUGUGGACCUGCUCCUGGACCUGGAGGGCAGCAGGCUGGCUUUCCACAACCAGGAUUUCGGCACCAAGCUGGAUGAACUCAAAGCUGAGUUCAACACUGAAAGGGAGCAGAUCCUGACUCGGCACGAGCAGGACUGCGUUUACCUGCAGGACGUGCGCUUCGGCUUGGAACAGCACUACGCCGCGUUGGGCCGCGAGGCCCGGCAGGAGUUCCAGAACACCCGCGAUGACAUCAAAAACAGGAGCAUGGAGGAGAAGAACGCCCUGCGGGUGCAGCUGGAGGGGGAGGUGGAGGAGAUGUGGCGGCAGCUGCAGGAGGCCACGCGGAGCUACCGCGAGGCCACCGAGGAGCACCGCGCGGCCUGCGAGGCGCUGCGGGCCCGCGACCAGCUCAGCUCCCGGGAGAUCCAGGCCCAGAUGAAGAGGCUGCAGAAGAUGCAGGAGUCGUGCGUGGCGCUGCGGGCCAGGAUGAGCGCCACCCAGCGGGAGGGCGAGGCGGCGGCCCGGGACCUGCGCGCCGUCAGGGAGAAGGUGACCGACAGGCGGCGGGAGCUGAAGACGCAGAUGGGCAGCGUGCACGCCCAGCACAGGAGCGCCCUCUCCAGGCUCACCCUGCACAGCAGCAACGCCGCCAAGAAGCUCCAGGGAGUCAUCGCCAAGGGUGAGAAGUUGAUCAGGCAGGCGGGGGUGUGCCGUAAGCUGGAGACGGAGCGGGAGAGGGUGCAGCCGUUUUACCGCUGCUCCCUGAGCGCCGAGGAGCAGCGGCUGGUCAGGGAGAACCAGCUGGAGCCCGCCGUCACCGAGCUGGCCCAGGCCAUGCAGGACUACGCGGGCCUGGAGGGGAUGUGGCAGCGCUGGGGCCGGGUGGAGCUGGACCGGCUGUGCCUGCAGCGGGAGAAGGCGGCGCUGGCCCAGGAGAACCUGCGGCUGCGCGCCCUCCUGCGCCAGUACCUGAACGGGCUGGUCGUCAGCGACGACGCCCUGCGCCAGGACGGCACCCUGCUCACCGUGUCCCGCAGCGUCCAGAGCCGCCGCCCGCGCCCCGCGCCGCAGCGCCAGCCCGCCCGCGUGCUGCAGCACACGCUGCAGCACACGCUCUAGGCCCCGCACCGCCGCGGCCGCGCGCGAGAGCGCUAGCUGCGCGCCGCGAGGCACGACCGCAGCGCUCCACGCGGAGCUGGUCACGUGACCGAAGCAGCGACCCAAACGAUCAGUCGCCUCAGCUGCCAAUCCCUGCUGUGGGCGGCAUCGGCUGACCCGAGUGUGGGGGAACGCAGCAGACCCGUUCGGAUAUGUCUCUGCAUUUUGUUUCAUGAUUUAAUUAUGUUCCCUGCAUCGUGUUGAGCUUUGUUAUUAUUGUCAUUAGUAAAGGCACAAAAUGGGGAGACAGUGUGGCGCAGUCUUUAGGGCAGCCGGCUCUCUGGGGCGACUGGAGGUUCGAUUUCCCACCAUUUUCUAUACUGGGAGGGGAUCCUAUUUCUAUCUGUGUUCUUCUCUGCUAUGCCUCAUCUAAAUAAAGUCAUAUUUAGGGCAGGCAGACUGUGUUCUUUUAAAUAAAAAUAAAAAAAUGGUUUAAA